AUGGCUUCAGCAAUCGUCCUCGGCGCGACCGGAAUUAUCGGCCGCGAGUUAAUCAAAGAGCUAUCCGCCCACCCUUCCCAAUGGAAGUCCAUCCAUGCUCUCUCUCGCUCCAAGAAGGAAGACUUCGGCAGCCCUAGCGUCCAGCAGCACCACAUCGACCUGCUCAACUCCGCCCAGGACAUGGCCAAGGACCUUUCAGCCAUCCGCGACCUAGAUGCCGUCGAGCACGUCUUCUUCUGCGCCUGGCUGCAAAAGGCCACGGAGAAAGAAAACGCGGACGUCAACGGUGCCAUGCUCCAGAACUUCCUGGACGCCCUUGAAAUCACCGGCGCCGUCUCCAAGCUCAAGCGUAUUGUUUUGGUCACCGGUUGCAAGCAGUACGGCGUGCACCUGGGCCAGGCCAAGAACCCGAUGCUCGAGUCCGACCCUUGGUUGCGCGACGAAAGCAAGUGGCCGCCCAACUUCUACUAUCGCCAGCAGGAUAUCCUCAGGGCCUUCUGCGGCGAGGGAAGCAAGCACCCGGAGAUCAGCUGGACUGUGACCUACCCCAACGACGUCAUCGGGUAUGCCAGCGGUAACUUUAUGAACCUGGCUACGGAUAUCGCCAUCUACGCGGCUGUGAACAAGGAGCUUGGUCGGGAUCUGGAAUUCCCAGGCAACGAGACUUUCUAUACCAAGUUCGACGUCUUCACCAGCAGCAAGCUGCACGCGCAGUUCUGCGUGUGGGCGGUGCAGGAGCCCAAGACGGCGAAUGAAGGCUUCAACGUGUUCAACGGCGACGUGCAGAGCUGGCAGGAUCUGUGGCCUAGAGUGGCACAGUGGUUCGGGAUGAAGGUUAAGGCGGACCAAUUCGCUUCUCCUGCUCCCAAAGAUCUGGCGAAUCUGGUCCAGCUCACCGAGAAAGCGCCGCAGCCGGUGACAAUGCUGGCGAAGGAGCUCGGACUGGAGGGAGCGAAGUCGAUCCCGCCUAGUCAGCUGGAGCAGAGGAUCAGUUUGGUGAAGUGGUCCAAGACCGAGGAGGUGAAGCAGGCCUGGAACAGGCUUGCCGAGAGAGAGGGGUUGCAGAAGGAUGCUUUGGAGAAGGCGACUUGGGCGUUUACUGACUUUAUUUUGGGGAGAAACUAUGAUGUGGUGGGUAGCAUGAGUAAGGCUAGGGAGGCUGGGUGGACUGGAUACAUGGACACGUGGAAGUCGCUGUCGGACACUUUCGGCGAACUUGAGGCGGCGCGUGUCAUCCCCAAGACCCACUGAAUCAGCACUACGUGAUGCCGUAGGUGAAGUGAUUAGAUAGAAGCUCUAGAAUGCCGCUUGUCCAAAGAAUAAGACAGUGAAACCAUGAGGGGAUUUGUUGUCCACAGUAUUAAGAUAGAGUGAGCGGUAGGAGAUUUUAGGUAUAGCGAGACACCGUAAACACUCGGUUGGAUACCGCCAGUCAGCUGCAUGUACCAACGGAAGUUGCGUGCCGGCGCGUGAAUGACAAGAGCACCGGUAGACGUUUGGAAAUGCAUUCGACUGAAGUCGUAGGUACACCCAAGAAUUGGUUAGGGUUGGGUAUCUUCCAUCAUCUUCCAUCUUUCGUCUUCAACUUCCGAUCACACUA